AUGGACAGCGGAGGCUGUAUGCUGCAGACAAUUGCACCCCACCCCUGCUUAUACCUGCUCCCUGUCCUCACAGGAGAGGCUACAUGCUUUGCAAAUGCCUGGGCAGGAUUUGAAUUUGAUCAACAUGGGGCUGUGUUACCUUCUGUGGAACUCUGGGGCUUUUUGGAAGUUCAUCAGGGUGUCCUUGAUGAGAGCGUGAAUAUCAGCAGACAAGCUUCCAUGAAAGGCAACCUGGCAGAGUUCUCCAGCAACGUCCAGCAGAUUGUGUCUCUUGUGGUUAUUGUAGUGUCUCAUUAUCCAGAUGGUGGCAUUUCUCAGCUGAUAACGCCAGGAAAAAGGCCAUCAAAUGUUCAGAACCUGCAAGUGAAAUUCAACGUUCGCACCUCUGCAGACUCAGAAGACAAAGACUGCUACCUCACCAUUGGCCAAGACCAGAAUUUAGAAGAUUGCAAAUUCAAUUCCUCCGCUAAAAGCUUCUUCAUUAUUCACGGAUGGACGCUGAGUGGCAUGUUUGAAGCAUGGAUGGACAGCCUGGUGUCGGCUCUGCAGGGACGAGAGAAGGACGCCAACGUGGUGGUGGUGGACUGGCUCGCCCUGGCCCAUCAGCAUUACUCCGAUGCUGUGAACAACACCAGAGCGGUUGGAAAAGAAGUUGCAAAGCUGCUGGACUGGUUACAGGAGAAAGAGCCUUUUCAGCUCCAAAAUGUCCACUUGAUUGGCUACAGCCUUGGCGCCCACGUUGCCGGCUUUACUGGAAACUAUGCACAUGGGACGAUAGGCAGAAUUACAGGCUUGGAUCCAGCUGGCCCAAUGUUUGAAGGCGCCGACCCCAGCAGGCGCCUCUCUCCGGACGACGCGGACUUCGUCGACGUCCUGCACACGUACACGUCGGAGACGCUGGGCUUCAGCAUUGGGAUCCAGAUGCCCGUGGGCCACAUUGACGUCUACCCCAACGGAGGAGACACCCAGCCAGGAUGCGGCUUCACCGACGUCUUGGGCGCGAUUGCCACCGGGAAUAUCGCGGAGGUUAUGAGGUGCGAACACGAGCGGUCUGUGCACCUCUUCGUGGACUCCCUCGUGAACAAAGAUAAGCAGAGCUUUGCCUUCCAGUGCACGGACCCCGGCCGUUUCAAGAAGGGCAUCUGCUUGAGCUGCCGAAAGAACCGAUGCAAUAGCAUCGGCUACAAUGCCAGGAAAAUAAGGCACAAGAGGAACACCAAGAUGUACUUGAAGACGCGAGCCGACAUGCCUUUCAAAGUUUUCCACUAUCAAAUGAAAAUGCACGUCUUCAGCUACAAAAACAUGGGUGAAACGGAACCAACGUUCUCUGUGACGCUGCACGGCACCGAGGGAGAUUCCCAGCCUCUCCCUCUGGAAGUGUUUGGGCAGAUUGGCCUGAACUUCACCAACACUUUCUUGGUCUACACUGGAGAAGACGUUGGGGAUGUUCUGAAGAUCAAGCUCACUUGGGAGGGGUCCACUCAGUCCUGGUACAGCCUAUGGAGAGAUCUGAAAAGUUUCUGGGCUCGGCCAGACAACUCGGCCAAGGAGCUGCACAUUAGGCGGAUCCGGGUGAAGUCUGGCGAAACUCAACAGAAGUUCACUUUUUGUGCAGAAGACCUCCAGAUGACCAGCAUAUCUCCUGGCCAAGAGCUCUGGUUUGUAAAAUGUCGAGACGGCUGGCAGAAGAACCAAACCAUAUCAGUAUCAGAUUUGCACUGAAAAUGUCUUUCUGGGUUGACUUUCUACAUUCAUUGGGGACCAAACCAGCCAAAUCAACUGGAGAAAGCUACUGCAGGAGAAAAAUGGCUCAGGCAAAAGAUGUUGUUGCAAACUCUUUUCUAUUUUUUAUUUUUAUUAUUAUUCUUUCUUGCUAGCACUUGCAACAACUUGCUGUUUAAGGAGGGAUGGCCUCGAAGAACUGUGACAAUGUGAACAAUACUUCUCAGAACUUCAUGUAUUUAUGGCUUCAGUGGCUACCUUUUUUAGAAUAAGUUAUUCUGACUAUUUUACAAAAAUGAAAAAAACACCGGGCAACCUGUUACUAAACUGGCCCUCCUUUUGGAGAGCCUGUCUUAAUGUGCCUAAAUGUACUUGUCCUGAUGAGCGUUCCUGCCAAAUCCCAGCUCUACAUCUUUCCUACUCCCUGCUC